GCACGUGCUCCCGGAGCGCGCCCCGCCUGCCGUCCUCGCCGCUAAGCCAGGCUGAAGAGCCGCGGGAGCCGCCGCACAGCCCGCCGCGCGCGCCCGCAGCCGCAGCCUAAGAUGCCCCACCGCAGCCUGCGCGCGGCGGCGGUCCUGCUGCUGGUGAUCUUAAAGGCACCGCCUUCCGGCUCAGCCCCACUGAACGGAUCCAAGUGGACCUAUUUUGGUCCCAAUGGGGAGAAGAGCUGGUCCAAGAAGUACCCAUCAUGUGGGGGCCUGCUGCAGUCCCCAAUAGACCUGCACAGUAACAUCCUCCUGUAUAAUGCCAGCCUCAUGCCCCUUCAGUUCCAAGGCUACAAUGUGUCUGCCAAUGAGCAAUUUAUCCUGACCAAUAAUGGCCACUCAGUGAGACUGAACCUGCCCCCAGACCUGCACCUCCACGGCCUUCCCUUCCGCUACAGCGCCACACAGCUGCACCUGCACUGGGGGAGCAGCAAUGACCCCCGCGGCUCUGAGCACACUGUCAGCGGGAAGCAUUUUGCCGCUGAGCUGCAUAUUGUCUAUUAUAACUCGGAGCUGUACCACAAUGCCAGUACCGCCAGUGACAAGUCAGAAGGCCUUGCUGUCCUAGCUGUUCUCAUAGAGAUGGGCAUCUUCAAUCCAUCAUAUGACAAGAUCUUCCGUUAUCUUCAAGAUGUAAAGUACAAAGGCCAAGAAGUAUUCAUCCCAGGUUUCAGCAUUGAAGAACUUCUUCCUGAGAAACCUAAUGAGUACUACCGCUACAAAGGGUCCCUAACCACACCUCCUUGCCACCCCACUGUGCUCUGGACAGUCUUCAGGAAUCCUGUGCAAAUUUCCCAGGAGCAGCUGUUGGCUUUGGAAACAGCUCUGUACUGCACACGUAUGGAUGACCCAUCCCCCAGAGAAAUGGUCAACAACUUCCGGCGGGUCCAGAAGUUUGAUGAGAGGUUGGUGUACGUCUCCUUCCAACAAGUGCAAGACCUUACCUACGCAGGACUGAGUCUGGGCAUCGUCCUUUCUGUGGCCCUGGCUGGCAUUCUCGGCAUCUGUGUGGUCCUUGCAGUGUCCAUUUGGCUUUUCAGAAGGAAGAAGAGGAGCAAAAAAGGUGAAAACAACAAAGGAGUCAUUUACAAACCAGCCAUCAAAAAAGAGACUGAAGCCAAUGCCUGAAGCCCCAAACUUCUAGGUAUGUCCAAGGAAGGAUGACGCUUUGGACCACACAAACUGUGCCUCUCUCUGAACACUUGUAACACCUGAGGAUGUUCUCUAGAGCUUAACCUGCAAACACCACAGACAUUCAGGGGGGCCUCUAGCUGGGUGCUGAGGCUAUGACCAUGCCCCCAGAACCCAUGAAUGGGAAGAUUCGACCCAGAAGGUAGGAAUCUGAAUUGUCUGCUUCAUCUGAUUGGGACUAUUAAGUGGUUUGGGUCUUGGGGGCACAAACAAAGCUGCCCACUGUGGGAGGUAAUUGGUUGGAAAACAUUUUCAUCCAGUGGUUGACUUGAGUAGGACUUUAAAUGUCUGGAAAUCCUACUUCUUGUCAGAGCUUUCAGAAGAGAAUAUGCACUCUCAGCUUGAGUUCUGCUUUUAAGAUUCAGUUUCUUUCCUCAGGGAAAGUGUUGAUGUUAUCAUCUUAUUUCCUUCUUAAUUCCUUCUAUUAUGACAAAGUAUUGGACUCAACAACUUGGGAAUCAGUGGCAGGGAAGAGCUGCUACACAAAGGGUCAAGCUAUCAGAAAAACAAGAGCUAUACUUUGACAUAAAACAGAGGCAUUUCAAAGGUGUGUCCUCUGAGUGAGCACUGAAUGGACCUUAGGAGAAUGAGAAGAUAUAUAGGUCUUGAAAGAGUCUCACUUUGAAAUCACAAGUUGUUAUGCCAUAAGUACAAGGAUAGAAUAUUAAGCUUAAACCCAACCUUCUGUCAUGUGGCAGUUAGAUUUUGUAAUUUACAGUUUUUAUAAAUAACUUGAUUAUGCCUUGAAAAUAUACUGUUGCUCUCUUGUAAUGUACACCAGAGUUCUGAAAUGACCCAAACUGUUUUUGAAUCUAUAGGAAAUAGGCAGAAGCACAAUGAUCAAAUUUUAUUUUGAUCUAAUUUUAUUUCUGCCACCUUUGCUAUGUCCCUAUUGCUAACCUAGAAUUGGGAUUUAACUUCUCUGACUUUGAAGAUGUCAGAUUUGGUUUAAUUAAAAUACAUUUUCAAGUCAUAAAAGUUAUCUGCAGGGACUGGCAUCAUGGUAUUUAAGGUCCAAUGUAAUAGAAUGUUUAACGAUUCUUCGUAAUUUCUCCUCUCCCCGCGGGUCACAAAGACAACUUCUGAAUAGACUUAAUUUCUUCUUAAUUCUCCUCCUGUGAAUGGCAAAGGCCCAUGCAGACCAGUUAGUUCCCCAAGAAGGAGCCCCUACUAUCAGGCUCUCAAGACUAGCACCUUUGUUCAGAGAUAUCUGAUUCACAGUCUCAUUUGACAGCAAGGAAAAUGUCCUCUUAAAGCAUAGGUUUCUUUAUAACACCUUUUUCUUCUGCUUGUCACUCUGACUGAAAAGUCUUCUCCCUUCUCCAUGAUCAAAACUUUUUGUUGUGAUGCUGGCCCUGUGCCUUUGUAGCCCUCGAUAGCUAGGCAGGUAACAUGUGACCCAGGGGGACUCAAAUGGGCCGGCAGUGAUACCUUGGCCACCCAAGCCUGGGCUGGCAUCCCAGCCCACCACUGCAUGCCUGUUGCCCCUCAAGUGACACGGGGAUAAUAGCCUUCCUGAAUAAGCUUUGCGUGUAGAUGAUGCUUUCUUAAUUCUGGCCCAAACUUGCCCAUCAGAAACCAACAAAAAUGUCUCCAGAGCAGUGGAACUAUCUUUGGAAAGGCUGUUACACCUUUAUAUACAGAUUUUGUGAGAAAUCAGAGAACCACUGUAACUGGCACAAUGGCUACUCACAAAAUAGGAGAUUUACUAGAUGGUGAAAAUGAUGUCCCUGUGGCCCUCAGUGGUGCCAGGUUUUCAGCCCCCAGGGCUAAGACCCAACAAAGUCAGGGAGGCAGACAGAUGGCACCAAGAACCAACACUGUCCACUCCCUUGCCACUCAUUAUGGGACUCCUGAGAAACCAGCUUUGAAACUAGGAGAUUUUUCUUCAGGUUCACUUAUUCCACUGACUAGUGGCCACUAAAUAAAUCCAGUGGCAUGGAUUCUGGUGCCGCACACUCACCCUUCAACCUCUGAGGGCCCCAUCCUAUGCUGGGCACACAGCAGGUAGAAUGACAAGAGCAAGGCUUAGACUAUGGGAGGGACGCAGAGAAGACUCUGGCUUCUGGUCUUUCCUUCACCUCCCACUAAAAGGAGCUCUCCAGUCUCUUUGCUCCUUUUCUUUAGUCUCAUCUGGUAAAAACUUAUACCCGUUUCCUAGUAGACAGUCUAGGAUUUUGCUACAUUGAUGAUUUAAUCCUAAUUCAAGGUCAGACCUCAAGUUCUUCUCCCCUUCACUAAUCUCUCUGAAGGUCUCUGACAGGCUCUUGGGAAGCUGGGGCCUUCCGCACCCUUCUGUCCCUAUAUCUCAGCCACUGUGAUAAUCACCUGUUUGGCAGUUCUGUAUUUAUUGUAAAAAUGAUUGUAAUGACAUAUACUGUAAAUAGAAGAAAUUAUAAAUAAAAUGUUUUUCACAUCA